AUGACUGAUAUUCGUCCAAAUCAUACAUUAUAUGUAAAUAAUCUGAAUUCUAAAGUAAAUAAAGCACAAAUGAAGAAAGCAUUAUACAAUUUAUUCAUAUCGUACGGUCGUUUAUUAGGCAUUGUCGCUAUGAAGUCACCCAAAAUGCGUGGACAAGCAUUUAUUAUAUUUGAUGAUGUACAAAAUUCAACAGCCGCCUUACGUUCAUUGCAAGGUUUAGAAUUUUUUGAAAAACCACUUCGUUUGCAAUAUGCUAAAAAAGAUUCUGAAAGUAUUCAGCGAAUACGUGCUCAAGAAAAUGCAGCAGCUGCUGCUUUAGCCGCAGCUGCGGAAAAAGCCAGUGCACCGAAGAAACCUAGAAUUGAAAAACCACAACCUCCUGUUGAAUCAACAUUACAACAACAGCACGUCGCUAUGAUGAAUUCAGCCGAAGUACUUCAAGCAGCUGAAAUGGCUGCUGCUGUAGAAGCAGAACUCGAACAAUUACCAUUGAAAGAACGUCAACGUCGUAUUCAAACUGCAAUUGCUGCACAAAGUACAUUAAUUGGAACAUUACCAAUGAUUCCGGAACAACCAUCAAAUUCGACAUUAUUUUUAAGUAAUUUACCAAAUGAAACAACAAAAGAAAUGUUAGAAAUUUUAUUUAAACAAUUUACCGGUUAUCGUGAUGUUCGUUUAAUACAAGGUCGUGAGGGUAUCGCAUUUGUAGAUUUUGAUAAAGAUAAUCAAGCAACAAUAGCCAAAGAUGCAUUACAAAAUUUUAAAGUUACCCCAACAAAUCCAAUAUCAAUUAGUUUUGCAAAAAAAUAG